AUGCAGAACGAGUGGUUAGACAUAGGAGAUUUUUGCAUCCCAUUAGCAUUAAAAUGGCGCACUUUAAUUUAUGAUUGGUCGCCAGCAUUGCUAAAAUUCUAUCUCAAUGCGUUCCAGAUGACUCUCCCAGAUCAGAGUAAUUUAGUAAGAUGGGGUAAAAGUACCGAAAAAACUUGCUAUAUCUGUGGAAAGGCAGUUGGAACUGCUAAGCAUCUGCUGGUGGGAUGUAAGGUACUCCUUGACAGCGGUCAAUACUCGCGUCGUCACGAUAGGGUUCUAGAAGUCAUACGUGAAGCGGUUAGUCUUUCGGUAGCCAGAGCGCAAAAGGGAAUAACCACAAACGAACGAUCAGUAGGUUUUGUGAGAGAAGGCACUAGGGCUACAAAAUCAAACGUCAAGCCUUACUCCAUCCUUAAAGCGGCGUCGGAUUGGACUAUAAUGAUGGACACGUAUGAAAAACAAUAUAAAAUCCCCGAGGAUAUUUGUGCGUCGGCCUCCAGACCGGAUAUAUUUUUGUUUUCGCGAAUUUUAAAGCGCGUAGUGAUGAUAGAGCUUACGGUCCCUUGGGAAACCAACAUCCCCAAAGACCAUACCAUCAAGGUCAACAAAUAUUACGAGCUCACAAACGAACUCACUCGAAAUAGGUUCGUAGUAGAUUUGUACGCGGUAGAGGUGGGAGCGAGAGGUAUAACAGCGAAAUCUCUCUAUAACCUACUAAAGGACUUGGGCUUGUCCAGAACUCACAUUAAUGCAUUCUUGGAACGUACAUCGAAGGCAGCCCUAGUAGGUUCUUUUCAAAUUUGGUUAGGUAGGGAGAGGAGCUUGGACAGUGGAGGUGAGCGUAUAACGCGCGUUAGUUAA